AUGUCCGCUUUCGUCGCACGGCCGACGAAAGUGCAAUCGCUCCUUACCAGCCAAGGCGUGGAAGAUAUCAAUACAGUCUCAUCGUUCCUCGCUUCCCCUUCUCAUGCUUUCGAUCGCUUAGAUCCCGCCCACACCGUCUACGUUCUCAUCGGAAGCGCAAUCUUACCCACAGCAGAGGCAGUCUUCGAUCAUGUAUCAGACAGUGCAUACCCAAUCACCCUCGUGCUAGCUGGGGGCAUAGGUCAUUCGACUUCACUCUUAUAUGAUGCUGUAUCGCGUCAUCCCAGGUACUCUCUUAUCGCAAGUCGCGUUCAACAGCUACCGGAGGCUCAGGUGUUCAAGCUUCUGAUGGUGGAGUUCUGGCCCGACCUGGUGGACAAACUCAAUAAUGGCACCUUGACCUUACUCGUCGAUGAUAGGAGUGCGAAUUGCGGAGGUAACGCCAUCGAAGCGAAGAGGGAGCUAGACUAUCACGGGGUGAAGCCGAAGAGGCUCUUUAUCAUACAGGAUCCAACUAUGAAUCGGAGAACUCAUGCGACGUUCAAGAAGGUGUUCAAUGAGGAUGAAGUGGAAGUAUUACCCUGGUCGUUCUUCCCGAAAUUGUCACUCUCUGAUGACGGCUCCGUAGCUUGGGAAGUGCAGGGGCAGAAGAUGAAUAAACGUGAAUUAUGGGAACCAGCCAGAUUCGUUAGUUUGGUCCUCGGUGAGAUACCUAGAAUAAGGGAUGAUGCGGUCGGGUACGGACCAAAGGGUGCAGGAUAUAUAACUCAUGUAGAUAUACCGGAGGAGGUGGAACAGGCAUGGAGAAGGCUGAAUAAUGCUUUGGAGAGUGCCUGA